AACCUGCUCCACAGCCCCGGAAGAAGUCCAGUCCGGGAUUUCCAAAUAGCCACUCAAGUUACACUUCGAGAGAGUGAGCGCUCAGUCUCACUGCCUUCUUUGUGUUUGUGCAGAACUGUUGGACCAUGUCUGUAGGACUGGAGCCCGGUUUCUCCAACGACGAGGUGUUGAGCCUCCGUUACCCGCUUCAUCGCGCGUGCAGGGAUGGAGACGUCGGCGCGCUGUGCUCGCUGCUCCAGCGCUCCUCUAACCAGGCGGACCUGGCCGCCGAGGACUCGUUUUACGGCUGGACCCCUAUUCACUGGGCAGCACACUUCGGGAAGCUGGAGUGUGUUAUGAGACUGGUGCAGGUGGGAUGUGAAGUGAAUUCAUUAACCACACGGUUUGCACAGACCCCAGCUCACAUUGCUGCGUUUGGAGGACAUCCAGAAUGCCUGCUGUGGCUCUUACACACAGGGGCUGAAAUAAACAGACAGGAUUAUGUGGGUGAAGCACCCAUUCACAAAGCAGCACGGGCCGGUAACAUGGAGUGCAUUAAUGUCUUGUUGAUCCAGGGAGCCAAACCGGACUUGAGGAAUGCAAAUGGGUUGACUGCAGCAGAUCUGGCCCAUGCUCAAGGCUUCCAUGAUUGCGCUCAGAUCCUCUCUAAUGCACACAACCAGCUAAAUCAGAUAAAUGGAUUUGCCCAUAAUGGGACUGACCACUCGCACAUCCAGGGCCGCAGUCUUCUGAAUGGGAUAGCCAAUAGAAAAAGAUUACUUGAUUGCACAGAGCCAAACCAAAUGAAAAAAGCAAGAACUGAGAGCAUGAAUUUUUCAGUGAAGGCAAACAAUGGAAUUGGAGAGGAGCUUGAGAGUAUGAAUGUGGAAUCAACUGCUGAAAACCAAUCAGAUGAAGCCAUAGCCACAGGUUUGAGGAAUGGUCAUGGGCAGCAGAACAGUUUCACUGUCAACAGCUUCGCCACAAAUGGGCAGUGCUAUCAAUCCCAAUUCAAUGGGGUUGAAACCAUUCCAGCUGAGUCAAGAAUGGACAUGUGCGGCUCACUGCACCGCAAUGGCAGCCCAAGCAGCUGUGUAUCUCACCGGCCUGCAUGGGGUGCGUUCCUGCCUGACUCUGGUGAGCAUCUGCACUAUGGACACUACCAUGGCUUCGGAGAUACGGCAGAGGACCUGGAAGAUGCUAGCAGCUGUCAGGAGCACAGCAUGAUCGUGAAGGUAGAGCAGCACUACGACCAAGAGGUUCUCAGUGCUGUGCAGUUGUUCCAUGGAUCAUAAAGUCAAAAUGAGUUCCGUCCAAGUGGUCACAUUUAUGGCAGCACUAUCCGCCUUACCGGUUAUCGUGCACCUUAAUGCAGGGGGGGGGAUUUUGAGAAUUUGUUUUUGAUAAGAGGACAAUCUUUCUACCAAAGGGAAAAAAUUGUAUUGCAUUUUGUAUCUGAGCUAAUGACUUUAUUUUAUUAUACAUACGUGUUUGAACUAGUUAUCUGGGUGCAUUUCUUUUUCCCCUUUAAUGCAAUGCUAGAACGUUAAGUUGUAUGAGGAGUUGAUUUUUAUGUGAAUUAAUUGUGAGUUUGUAGUUUUGUGCCAAUGAAUACUAGCUUUUUGAAAAAGGAGUCUUUUGUAUGAUUUUGUUGUAUUCUUGUGAGUUUUUUUCCUGAGAAGCAAAGCUGACAUGCUGACUAUAAAACAGUGUUUUUGUUUGUUUAGAUUUUUUGAAAAAGAAAGCUUAAGAUGUAUAACAUUCCUUCAUCUUUGUACCCUGUGUUCUAAUAAAAAAAUAAUAAAACUCAAAAGAAGCUCCUUU